AUAAGCCCUUCAAAUUUUAAAAAAUACCAAGUCCAAGGCAACUCCCAGAGUAGAAGAAGGUGACCUGCAAAUUCAAGUUUGAGUAGUCGCGGGAUCGGAAGAAGGUGAUGGGGAUUAUAAGGAGCAGUUUCUCAUUGAUAGCAGGAACUGUUUGCGGUAUUUACAUAGCUCAGAACUACAAUGUCCCCAACAUUAACAAGCUUAUACAGAAUGCAUUAUUCAAAGCCAAAGAUGUAGAAGAGAAAUAUCGCAAGCCUCCUAAGCCUGGCGAUCGUCUUUAGAUUCACUCUCCUUAUUUCAGAGCAGUUGCAUUUCCUAGAUGGCUCCAACUAAUUUUGCGAAGCUUGGUCUUUAUUCUUCGUUCAGAGUUUGGAGAUAAGUUUUCCCAAAACUUACCUGUUGCCACCUAGAACCUACAGUUUCUUGGAUUUAACCUCAGGUUGUGCUCCCUUGUAACCUUAGCCCCACAGAUCCGACUGUUGCUCUCUUAUCUCUCUUUACUAUUAGCAACAUAUUGUCUACAUAAGCCUCCAUAGUGUGUGCAUAAAUAGUUUUUAGUGUGAAAACGUUCUGUUAACAUUUCCCUGCCUUUAAUCACAGUUUAUUAACAACGUUAUGAUACAUAUACUCUACCCACCCCGGACGGUACUCUAUGGGUCUACACUGGAUAUGUUUUCCGGAUGCUUUUUACUUGAAUGGCAAGGCAUUACUAUGUGUGUGUGUCCACUGGCCUUUUUGGUUUGUAAAAUAUAAAGAUCUUUUUAUGGUCCUCUGAUGCUUGUUGUAUUGAUAAUGUAUUUGAUAGACGUACUUAAAGCUUA